GGGGAUCAUACGGACCGGUCAUUGGAGCAGUACAUUAGGUUUCGCCGCCCGCUGCGCAUGGUGAGACUCGCAACCUGCGCUCACAUCUACUGCCGGUCUGUCACCCGCGCGGCCAAGCCCCACAUCCCGUGAGCGACGUAAGCCGACGAACACACUGGUGAACCCAACAACCCGAUCGAAGGCUCAGUCCGACUCAUCCCCAUCGCCCUUCCUUCAACAUGGAUCCUUCAGGCUCAGUUACGAUCCGCACCCGGCAAUUCCUUACCAACCGUUUGCUCCAGCGCAAGCAGAUGAUUGUCGACAUCAUUCACCCCACCCGACCCAACCUUUCCAAAGAUGAGCUCCGGGAUAAACUCUCAGGGAUGUACAAGGCACCGAAGGAACAGAUCAUUGUUUUUGGAUUCCGAACUCAAUUUGGUGGUGGUAAGAGCACCGGAUUCGCUCUAAUUUACGACACCAAGGAGGCCCUCAAGUUCGAGCCCAAAUACCGACUUAUCCGAUUUGGUAUGGCUGAGAAGAAGCCAGCAGUUGCACGGAAACUGCGCAAGGAGAGAAAAAACCGGGCCAAGAAGUUCCGUGGAACGCAAAAGAAGAAAGCCGACCAAGCUGCCAAGAAGAAGUAGAUACCGCCAUCGAUGGUCAUGGGAUGAAUCAAAGCCGAACCAAAAGUCAUGCCUACUGGCUCCUUGUUUUGCUUGUCGACAUGAAUGCUAUUAUCAUUGGUUACAGUGGGCCUAUCUGCGUUCCCUUGUAUCUAUUGCCCCCUAUGAAAAUUCCUCGACCCGUGCAACUACUCCUUCUUGUUCAGCAAGUAAACCGAUGCACAGAUCACAACUAUCCAACAUGCAAAACAUUUUCUUAUGAUAAUUGGCCUUGAAUUCUACUGACGAGAGCCUGUCAUCGUAUUAUCACCGCCACAACUCAAUCAACCGCUGGAGUAAACCGAUGAGCC